AUGGCAAAUGUACUUCAUCUAUCGAAAUUAAGUCGUGGUCAUGUUGAAUUAUCUGACACUGGCUCCCGUUUAGAAAUCUAUGCUGAUCAAAAUGAAAAACCACUUAUUCAUACGUCAGGAACUAAUCAACUUCCUCAUAUACCAAAAACAUAUUCAACAAAACGUGGUCCUCUUGUUUUAUUUGCUGAAACUGGUUUUAUUAAACAUUCAAGAUCAAAAUCUUAUCGAGAUAAAAGACUUCUUCAUCAUGAUUUUAAUUCACCUUCUUUAAUAAGUCCACCACCCCUUAAAAUAGGUGAAUUAAAACGAAGUAUUUUAGCUUAUGGUGGAACUCCGGAAAAUCAAUUUGCUGAUGGUGUUGUUGAUGAAGAUGGUACAUAUAUAAAUAUGAAAAUACCAUCAAAAAAACGUCCUCAUCCAUCAAAAUAUGCUGGUAUUAGUCCAAAUAUUGCUAUUAAACGACGAUAUAUGAUUGCUAGUAGUGAAGAUAAAAAACGAGAGCUUGAUUCUAUUCUCGAAUUGGAAUAUUCAGCUUCUCGUAAUCAACGUUAUUCAAUGAUGAAAACACAUGUUCUUAGUGAUGAAAUUUCUCUUCUUCCUCCUGUUUAUAGAAAUCCAGAUAUUGCUCAACAUUCUCCAUCAUUUUUAGCAGAUACUUAUCGAUUUUUUCAAAUAGAAAAUAGUAUUUCUUCAAAUGAUUGUGAAAAUACAGAACAAGUAAAUCCUGAAACACAGAAUACAUUAGAAAUUGUUGAUUCAAAAGGAAGUUGUUUAUCUUAUGACAAAUUAGAACAAUCAGAAAAAGAAAAAGUUCUUACUGAUUUACUUAUACAAACAGCUUUACAUAAUAUUGCUGAACAACAAAAUAUUGAAAUAUUUGAAGAUGCACUUAAUCGUGUACGAGAUUCAGAUAUAACUCAAAGUUUUUCAACCAUGGAUAUUCCAAUACUUGUUGACGACAGUACUCUUUCAGCUUUUCCUACGGAUACACUCAGUAAUCAUAAUCAAAAUUUAAAAUCUACUUCAUCUUCAAAUACAUCACCAUCACAACAGCAUUAUAUGUUUGGUAAAAUGCUAGGAAGUAAAUGGGCACGAAAUCGACCAUCACAUUCGAAUACUUUACCAACCAAAUCAAAACAUCAAACAAAUAAUGGUGAACAACAAAAUGAUUCAACAAAUACUGAUGAAUUUAAUAAUGAAUAUACUCAAACAGCGAGUGAUUUUGUUCAUACAAAACUUAUUCAUGCAUCUCGAUUGUUAGCACCAAUAUCGACUUCAGCUCAUCAAGAAUCUUCAACAAUACGAAAUCAACAUCAUACAACAACAAAAUUAUCUACAAGACUACGAAAAUUUCAUGAUCCUGAUUCUAAUCAACAUAAAAUAUCGACAAAACUAACACAUAGAUAUAGAAAUCAUACACAAAUAAAACAUCUUUCAUCACCUGCAGAGUCACAACAAGAUACAUUAACAGCAACAAAUCAAUUAAUUGAAAAAGAACAAACUUUAACAAAUUCAUUUUAUCGUCAACGUUCAUCGAAAAGUUCAAAACUAAAUCCAUCAAGACAAGGAACAGGAAAAACAUUUGCGACAGGUCGUUGUGUCACAUCACCAUUGAGCAUACAUGAAGAAGCAGAAAGACUUUUAGCUAUUGAUUCAUCUAAAGAAGAAGACGAUAAUGAUAAUAACGAGAGUACACGAACAUCAAUUGUCGAUGCAGUAGAAGAUGCACUUGUUCGUAAUGCAUCACAGUCACCUGGAACAAAAACAGAUGAGGAACAUGAUCAACAUGUUCAUCCAUCAGAAAUGAAUUUAACAGAAACUUCUAUAAUACCACCUGAAGUACAUGCACAGCGAUCUGCCUAUACACAUCGAUCCCAUGUAACAUUAAAAUCAAAACAUUCAUCAGUAGUUCCUCCAGGAGCAUUAUUAAUUGCACCUGAUGGUGAAAUUCUUUUCGUUGGUGGACCAUCUGGACAUCCAGAUAAUGAUGAUGAUGAUUAUUUAUCAAAACAGGAACCGUUUGCUCAUCAACCUUCAACGAAUUCUCUUGUAAUAGAAAAUAAUGAUCAACAAGGAGUAUCAGUUGCACCUUGUGUACCAAUGGUACUUGGAACAAAACGUGAACGAUUACCCGAUGAAACAGUCAUUCGACGAACUUUAAAUUUAACUGGUGGUGAUUUUAAUAGUCAAAUUGGUUUGCAAUCAUGGAGUUAUGAAGUACCUCUUGAAAGACGACAAAUCGUAUCACAAUCUUAUACAUUAAUUCCUCCUCCACCACCUAUUGGACUUUCAGCAUUUACUGGACGUAAACAUCAUCAUCAAAAACGAACUGCUCAAGAAAUACAGGAUCAUGCUGUGCUUCAUUCAACAUUAUCUAUGCAUACUGAAGCAAUUCAACAACAACGUAUUGGAAUUCAGUCAAAUAAUAAAACUCGACCAGUUACCGAAUCUCAAUCACCACUUUUUGCAUUUACAUCCUGGGCGUAUCAACGGCCACCAACACCACCAAUGAUCAAACGACCUUAUUUAUACAAACCAGAUUAUCGACCAUCUGGUGUACAUGGACAUAAACAUCCAAUCGGUGAUACAGAAACAUUAAUUCGAAGAACUAUUAAUAUUCAUGCUGGUGAUAUAGAUGCAUCAUUAAGUUUUACAAUUUGGGUUUAUGAUAUGUGGAUAAAUGAUCUAGUAAAAAGUGGUGCUGAUCCACAUUAUGUAAAACAAAUUAAAAGUCUUUUUGAUUUAUUUAAACAACGAAGAUUAAGUAAAGUCGAUUUAAAAGAUAAAGAAUUUCUUACAGCACUUGCCAAUCAUGCACAAGCAUUAGCUAGAAUUAUUUUAAAACGUUCUAAUUCUGGAUAUCAUCUUGCUGAAGAUGCACAGUUGGCGAUUAUUGAAAAUUUACGUAAUUUAAAAUAUCUUCUUGACCAACGACUUGCAAGUGUAUCUGAUGAUGAAUAUCGAGAAAUUCUUCGUGAAACACUUCAACAUGUUUUAAAUAAAGGAAAUUUAGAAAAUUUACAAAUCACUGAUGAAGUUCUUAUGGCACUUGUGGAUUAUCCAAUAGAAGCAUUCGAAAUAUAUUUAGAUCCUGAUACAGGUGAUGAAUAUAUUCGUAUAAAAAGUGCAUAUCAAACAAGAAAAAAUAAAAUAAAACCAAAAAGACCAAAGAAAAAAACAAAAAGUAAAUAUAUGUGUACAUUAAGCAUCCCUUUUUCUCAGAAAUAA